AUGCUGCUGCUGGCGAGAUGUCUGCUGGCGCUGCUGGUCUCCGCGCUGCUGAUGUGCUCCGGGCUGGCGUGCGGACCGGGCAGGGGGUUUGGGAAGAGGCGGCACCCCAAAAAGCUGACCCCUUUAGCCUACAAGCAAUUCAUCCCCAACGUGGCCGAGAAGACCCUGGGGGCCAGUGGAAGAUACGAGGGGAAGAUCUCGAGAAACUCAGAGCGAUUUAAGGAACUCACCCCCAACUACAACCCCGACAUCAUAUUUAAGGACGAGGAGAACACGGGAGCCGACCGCCUGAUGACUCAGAGGUGUAAAGACAAGUUAAAUGCUUUGGCCAUCUCAGUGAUGAACCAGUGGCCAGGAGUGAAGCUUCGGGUGACCGAGGGCUGGGACGAGGACGGCCACCACUCUGAAGAGUCACUGCAUUACGAGGGCCGCGCCGUGGACAUCACCACGUCCGACCGGGACCGCAGCAAGUACGGCAUGCUGGCGCGCCUGGCCGUGGAGGCGGGCUUCGACUGGGUGUACUACGAAUCCAAAGCACACAUCCACUGCUCUGUGAAAGCAGAGAACUCGGUGGCGGCCAAAUCCGGCGGCUGCUUCCCGGGCACCGCCACUGUGCACCUCGAGCAGGGCGGCACCAAGCUGGUGAAGGACCUGCGUCCCGGGGACCGCGUGCUGGCGGCCGACGACCGGGGCCAGCUGCUCUACAGCGACUUCCUCACUUUCCUGGACCGCGACGACGGCGCCAAGAAAGUUUUCUACGUGAUCGAGACGCGGGAGCCACGCGAGCGCCUGCUGCUCACCGCUGCGCACCUGCUCUUUGUCGCGCCGCACAACGACUCGGGCGCAGGUCGGCCGCCGGGGGGCGCGCCGGGGCGCCGGGCGCUCUUCGCCAGCCGCGUGCGGCCGGGCCAGCGCGUGUACGUGGUGGCGGAGCGCGGGGGGGACCGCCGGCUCCUGCCCGCCGCCGUGCACAGCGUGACCCUACGCGAGGAGGCCACGGGCGCCUACGCGCCGCUCACGGCGCAGGGCACGAUCCUCAUCAACCGGGUGCUGGCGUCGUGCUACGCGGUCAUCGAGGAGCACAACUGGGCGCACAGGGCCUUCGCGCCCUUCCGCCUGGCGCACGCGCUGCUGGCCGCGCUGGCGCCCGUGCGCACGCUCCGUGGCGGCGACGGCGGGGGCGGGGGCGGCGGCCGCGUCCCCCAGCCCGAACCGGGGGCGCCAGGGGCCGCGCACGCGCCGGGGGCUGCGGGCAUCCACUGGUACUCGCGGCUGCUCUACCAAAUAGGCACCUGGCUGCUGGACAGCGAGGCCCUGCACCCGCUGGGCAUGGCGGUCAAGUCCAGCUGAAGGCCUGCGGCGGGGCGGGCGGGGCGGGGGCAACAGCACGAUACAGCAGAAGACACGGGGAAGCGCACGGAAUGAGGCGUUCAUUAUCAUAAUAAAUAAUAUUAAUAAUGAAGUAGGACAACCCAAAAUAGGCGAUAAGGAAACCAAGACCCGGGAAGCUCUGGCGUCGUGUUUAGUUCAUAUCUAUUUUUUGAAUUUUUUGGUUGUUUUAUUUUGAGUUUUUUCACCUCUCCUGGCUAUUUAUUUGUUUGGUAUGAAUAGAUGUUUUAAAUAAUAUGAACCGGACCUUCAAGAGCCUUAAAUAGUUUGUUUCUUGGGUAAUUUAUUAUUGUCGUGUGAACUGUUCUCACGGGGGAGAGGUGUGAGGCCAAGCGACCUGCACAGAGUCUAUUUUUCUACACGUCCCUCCGCCGCCAGCCUGCUCUCCCAGCUCUGCUCCUCAGCGCGUGUGAACUCAGCUUCUGGGGUCCACAAAGUCUAUUUUUAUACACAGAAUUGUAAAUUAGAUUUUUUGAGAGAUCAAUACCUAACUGAAUUACAUUUCAUUUUUGAAAUAGUGUAAAAUAUGAAAAUAUAUUAUUUUUAAUUUAACUAAUUUCCAAGGUCACAGUCAUCUCUUCUGGUAUCCUCAUGGAUGAAUAUUUGCUUUGGCAUCACCAUUUUGGCCACAUUCUUGGAAGUCAAAACUGUUACACACUCACACAUACACUUUUCUUUCUUUCUUUCUUUCUUUUUUUUUUUUUUUGACAAACUGGACGAUCUGUUAUUUUUAACUUUAAAGAAUUUAUUAGAAAAUGAUAUUUUUUAAAAGUGCACAUAGCAAUGAGCCCAUGUGGAUGGAGCCUGUAGUUUGUACAGAGAUAAACAAGGAUGUUUUUUGCAUUAAUAAAUUGAGAAUAACUGCUGUAAAUUUACUAAACUGUAUUUUUGAACGUUUUGUAAUAGUUUUGUAGAAAUAAAGCGUGCCGCGCACA